AUGUUCGAGGACAGCUCGUUCAACGAGACUGCGCUGCAUGAGUUCGCUGAACGCGCCGGCACCCCAAGCUCUACCGGCUGGAACAAUGGCUACUACUACUCCUUCUGGACCGAUGGUGGCGGUGACGUGACCUACACCAAUGGAGCCGGUGGCUCGUACUCGGUCAACUGGAAGAACGUGGGCAACUUUGUCGGCGGAAAGGGCUGGAACCCUGGAAGCGCUAGAACCAUCAACUACGGAGGCAGCUUCAACCCCAGCGGCAAUGGCUACCUGGCUGUCUACGGCUGGACUACCAACCCUUUGAUUGAGUACUACGUUGUGGAGUCGUAUGGCACAUAUAACCCCAGCAGCGGUGGUACCUACAAGGGCACUGUCACCACCGACGGUGGCACUUACAAUAUCUACACCGCCGUGCGCUACAAUGCUCCCUCCAUCGAAGGCACCAAGACCUUCACCCAGUACUGGUCGGUGCGCACCUCCAAGCGUGUCGGAGGCACUGUCACCAUGGCCAACCACUUCAACGCCUGGAGCAGGCUGGGCAUGAACCUUGGAACUCACAACUACCAGAUCGUCGCCACUGAGGGUUACCAGAGUAGUGGAUCUUCUUCCAUCACUGUCUACUAG